AUGUCGGGAUUGGACAGCUGGAUCGGAGGGGCAGUGGACGGUACCGUAUGUACCGCGCCAAUUGAUCAAACCCCCGAAUGCGAGUUCGCGCCAGAUAGGUAUCCAAUCAUGGGUCUUUCUACAUACUUGGUGUGGUAUACCCCAAUGGCCUGUGCCUCAGCUGUCACUUUGUACUUCCGACAGGGGGGUGCGAGUCCAGAAAGGCCUACCGACCUGCCGCUAAUCUACUCCCUAGAUAGCAAACGUACCGCAAGACGAAACGGGAAUGAUGAGACAUGGACAGGGCUAUUAUGUGCACAUGCCAUUCCCAGCGGGCUACUAACAGACAGUGUUUCGCAGGAAUACCACAACCAUUCGUCAGCCCGUGGGAUGAUAUGGGGGAUGGAUGGAGCGGAGCUUUCGGGACACAAUCUUUUGCGUCUCAGCAAGUAA